AUGAACAAUAGCGAAAACGACCGGCCGGCUUCCCAGCUUAUUGCGGGAUUCGGUUCACCCUCGACACCCUCCGGUGCACAAAGUACUAUGCGGCGCUCGAGUGCUAUGCGGCAAUCUGGUCGAUUCAAGCAAUCCCAGAUUCAAUCUCAUCAGCCCGUCCAUGAUGCGGAAAAGGAAGAGCUCCGCGUGCAACUCAGCACUCUCAAAUACGAGCUGGAGAAUCUCAAACAGGAACGAGAGCUGGAGGCUCUUCGCCAUGAAAAAGAGCUUCGCGAUCUGCAACUGAAGGCUGAUGCAGACUUUCGAAAGGCCCAGAAUGCCGAAUCAGUGGGCAAUCGUGCCACCCAUAAGAGCGAUGCACUUGCGAAAGAACUCAAAGAAACCCAGGACCAGGCGUUGAAUGACAAACUUGCAUUCGAACGCAAGAUUAGAGGCCUUCAGGAUGAAAAUCAAAAUUUGCAAGAAGAGUUCGACGACACGCAAGCUCAGCUUUCCGACCAGGAGCGACAAUUCAAAUAUCAAAUUAACGAACUAGAGACAGUUCGCGCUUCUCUACAAAAGACCAUCGAAGAGUUCCAUACCGAUCUCCAAAAUGCCAGGACCGCACAAGAAGCAACACAAGAAAAACUGUCUCAGCGCGAAGCUGAGGUCGCCGAACUUGAAGCGGAGAAUAUUCGACUGAAGGCGGAAGGAAAUGACGCUGAGGCUCUGACUGUUUUGAAGAGGGAACUUUCUGAACAAGUGAACCACAUUCGGGGAUUAGAGGCAGCAACGCGGGAUCAAACAACGGAGCUGCGUCAUCUUCGCAAAGUCUCGAAGAAUGUAGAGGUUAUCGAAGAACAAAAGAGAUCGGUGGAAAAUCAGCUUCAGCUGAUGAAGGGCUUUGAAGCCGAGCUGAACACAGUGCAAAUUCAAAAGCAAGUUUUGGAGGAUGAGCGACAAUCCUGGACUAGCUUAUUGCAGGACAAUGACCAGCCUGCAGAGUUUGACUCGCCAGAUGCCAUCGUCAGGGCGCUAGUUCAAGGACGAAUUGAGAUUGCCACGCUCCUUGAUCGUCUUGGAACUGUUGAUGCCCAGUUACUGGAAAAGGAUGAGGCUAACAAGAGCCUUGAAAACGACAAAAUCAACCUGCGACAGGAACUGGAGAAGCUACGCGCCGCAGGUGCUGCUUCUGCAGGAGGACCUGGUGCUGUGGAGAGUCGGCUGCGAGCUCGUCUCGAGCGCCAGCGUGCACUCGCAGUGAAAGAAGUUGAAUACUUGCGUGCCCAAUUGAAGACAUUUGACGCAGAAGAGGCUACGAUGAACGAAAAUCAGACGCAGUUUGAUGAACAGAAAGCCGAGCAGAUCGCUCAACUUCAACAGCUCGUUGAUGAAUAUCGCGCCGAGCUUCACAAAGUCCACGAAGAGCUCUCCAAGCAGGAGGCACCGAAGGAAGAUGAAGCCCAAGCCAGGGGUGUCAAGCGGCCUCUGUCCCCGGGUGAUAGCGAGGCUGAAAGCGAGCGUCUCGCCGUACUCACCCGCAAAAAUCGCAAGCUCCAAGAACAUCUUACCAAGUCAGAUCAGGCUACCACUCUUGCUCGUAAGGAACUCGAGGCGGCCAAGUCGCAGAUCAAGUCACUGAAAGCCAAGUCCCGCACACGGGUUCUUGAACUACGUGAUAACCCAACAACUCAGACCGAGAAAAUCAAGAUGACCACUCUCGCAGCUCUUCAAGCUACAAACAACGACCUAAUGGCCCAGCUUCGUGGUGGUCAUCACAAUGUCAAGGUUGUUCCAGUCAGCGCCCUGGAAAGCAUUAAGUUGGAAAUGCAAGAUAUGGAACGCACUGUCGCCGAUAAAGAGAAGCGCAUGCGCCGAUUGAAGGAAAUCUGGACAGCCAAGUCCUCCGAGUUCCGGGAAGCCGUUGCCUCUCUACUCGGAUUCAAGCUUGAUUUCUUGCCUAAUGGCAGAGUCCGUGUCACUUCGAUGUUCCACCUCUCCUCUGCAUACCGACACGGUGACAGCGAUGCCCCAUCUGAUUCUGGUCCCGGCAGUAUGGGCAACGGCGAAGAAAACUCCAUUGUCUUUGAUGGCGAGAAUGGCACCAUGAAGGUCUCCGGCGGACCUAACAGUCUGUUUGCCAUGGAACUCAAACCUCUUAUCAAAUUCUGGGUGGAGGAAAGAAAGGACAUCCCCUGUUUCCUGGCAGCAAUGACCCUGGACUUUUAUGACAAGACUACCCGUGCUGCGCGGAUGUGA